AUUCCCCAUGACGUCACUGGAGAUAGUCACGGAAGUGAAGUGAGCGACGAAACAAGACAGAAACUCAAAUAAGUUUGUGUGUGCGCUCGACUCGUAUUUACAGGCUGUCCGUCAUCAUGCUGGGAGGUGGUUUCAAAUCAGAGAGGCUGAGAGUCAACCUCCGACUGGUCAUCAACCGACUCAAACUCCUUGAGAAAAAGAAAACUGAGCUUGCUCAGAAGGCCAGGAAAGAGAUUGCAGAUUACCUGUCAUCAGGUAAGGAUGAGCGGGCACGGAUCCGUGUGGAGCACAUCAUCAGAGAGGACUAUCUGGUUGAAGCCAUGGAGAUCUUAGAGCUUUACUGUGACCUGCUGUUGACUCGCUUUGGCCUCAUUCAGUCUAUGAAAGAACUAGAUCCAGGCUUACAGGAAGCAGUGUCCACCCUCAUCUGGGCAGCUCCUCGUCUGCAGUCAGAGGUGUCUGAGCUAAAAAUUGUGUCUGAACAGCUGUGUGCAAAAUAUAGCAAGGAGUACGGCAAGCUAUGCAGGACAAACCAGAUUGGCACAGUCAACGACAGGCUGAUGCACAAACUGAGUGUUGAGGCUCCUCCCAAGAUCUUGGUCGAGCGCUACUUGAUAGAGAUCGCAAAGAACUACAAUGUCCCCUAUGAACCUGACGCCAUGGUCCGGCCCGAGGUGUGUACUGGGGAGGAGGCAGACCUGAUUGAUGUCGACAAUGACAGGAAGUCUGGAGGAGGAGGAGGUGGUGGAGGAUUCACAGCUCCUCUAGCUCCUGGAAUCCAUAUGCCUAUGCCCAUGCCUAUGGCUAUGCCAAUGCCAACAGCUUUCAACUAUCCACCUCCCAAUGGAGCUGAACCGUUUCAUGCACCCGUUGGAACCUACAACAGCUUCCAGCCCCCCAUGGGAGGAGGGCAGCCACCUCAGUUGCCCACUUCUCCCCCUACAUACGAGUCUAUUGACGACCUAACUGAAAAACCUUCUGUUCCUUCCCAGGGCAUAGGUCCCGCUCCUUCGGCUCAGAUUUAUGACAACAACGCUCUUCCAGAACUCCCAUCUGUUCCUGACACACUCCCAACAUCCUCCUUGGGCAGAAGCAACACCACCUCGGAUGACAUUGACUUUGAUGAUUUGACGCGGCGCUUUGAGGAGCUGAAGAAGAAGACCUAAAUGCUUUAACCUGAUAUACAUAAACAGGCCUGUGUCACCUACACAGCUCAGAACAGGAAAUAGGAAUUGUUCAAGGCUCUGAAUCAGAUUUGGGUAGCUCUCCUCCCUCUUUCUUGGUGAAGUAAUUUUACACAAAUAUUAAACAUACAUGUAAUCUAUUACCUCAUUUAUAUAGCUAUGACCAGCUAAUGAGAGAGAGUACUUUUAAGUGCCACAUGUUUUCAUUUCUUCUGUUUGGCACGUUGGAUAAAAUCUUAAACAAUCAUGUGGGUGUUCACCCCUUCUCGCUCCUUAUUUAAAAUCGCACUGAAGUUUAACCUUUUCCAUUUGUCUGUGUGGUAAUUAAUAUGUUCACAUUUAGAUCUUAAGUGUUGAUUUUCCUGAAGGUUUUGGGUUUGAUUGAUAUUUAUAGUACAUGCCUUUAUUCUACUUUGCACACACUGUCGCUGUGAUCUUUGCCACUGUGUCGCUCAGUCCCGUCUCAGACCAGUUUGACAGGUAUAGCGGGCUGCGCCACCUCGGUGGCGAACAAGCUUUUACACAUUAAAGUCACCAUUUAGUUUCCAAAGUGAGGCUCCAACAGUCAGUGAGGUUUUUCUCAGCUGUACAGGGACACAUAGAAGCCAUAUUUUCAGUGUGUUACGCAGUUUUUCUCACUGUGGGAUCGUUAAAUACUCAUCAUUACCGAGCUUCUCAAACUUCAAGGUGUAUUUAUAUCAGAAAAAUUGUAUGAUUUCAAACCUUUUCCGUUUGAGAGGCGAUGGGACACAGAUGUAAAGUGACAACAUGUAUGGAAAUCUGUAAUAUAAAACACAGCAAUAUAGGUAGACUUAUUUACAUGAAUGAUUUAACUGUAUAGGAAAAGGAGUUUGGCAGCCGGGAGUUGUUCAAUAUUUGACAAAUCUGUUUUAUAUACACUAUCUCCAAAUAAAGUUUUCUUUUUGCCCUUUUGAA